AUGGGUGGUGUGACGUCAUCGGUGGCCGCUAAGUUCGCCUUCUUCCCGCCCGACCCACCGUCUUACGGCGUGGUGGACGAGGAGCCGCUUCCGCCGGGCGUGGCUCCGGCGGGGAGUGACGCUGCAGCGCUUUCUAGGAGGGUGUUGAUGACGGGGGUUCUGUGGAGAGAGGGGGUGGAGGCACGUCGCCUCCGGACGCGGCGGGGCACGGAGAUCAUUGCCAUGUAUGUAGGGUGUCCUAAGGCGAGUCUCACCGUGCUGUACUCGCACGGCAAUGCCGCCGACCUCGGCAAGAUGUAUGAGCUCUUCAUAGAGUUCAGCGCUCGCCUCCACGUCAACAUCAUGGGGUAUGAUUAUUCUGGUUAUGGACGGUCAUCAGGCAAGGCAAGUGAAGCUAAUACAUUUGCUGACAUAGAGUCUGCAUAUAAAUGCCUUGUGGAGGUUUAUGGGACUAGGGAAGAAGACAUUGUUCUUUAUGGUCAAUCUGUCGGUAGUGGCCCCACUGUUGAUUUAGCUGCUCACUUGCAUCACAUAAGAGCAGUUGUUCUGCAUAGUCCCAUACUUUCUGGCCUGCGUGUCAUGUAUUCUGUGAAGAAAACAUACUGGUUUGACAUAUAUAAGAACAUCGAGAAAAUUCCCCAUGUUAAAUGCCCUGUUCUGGUGAUUCAUGGUACAAGUGACGAUGUUGUUGAUUUUUCCCAUGGAAAGCGGAUAUGGGAGCUGAGCCAACAGAAGUAUGAGCCUCUGUGGAUCGAGGGAGGCGAUCACUGUAACUUGGAGACCUUCCCAGUGUACAUAAGGCAUCUGAAGAAGUUUCUGUCGGCUGUAGAGAAGUUGCCUGCUGGAAAAGAAGCAGCACCUGAGAGUGAGAAGUUGCUAGCUGGAAAUGAAAAACCUUCAGAUAGCGUCGCUCUUUCUGAGGCGCAUUUGAUGACCUCGCAGAGGUUAGAGCCAUCGAGGAAGAGCUCAAGGCAUGAGCAGCCUCCUAGGCUGAGCACUGAACGUGUAGAUAAACACCAUCGAAGUACAGACGUCAGGGAAAAGACAAGGUCCAUCACACAUAAGGAGAGAUCAAGGAGAAGUGUCGAUACAUUUGACAGGACAAGAGAUGAAAAUGAACAGACAGACAAACCAAGGAAAAGCAUUGACAGGCUUGGCGAGAUGAUUAGAUCAAUGGGCCUAUGCAAUGUUGAUUGCUUCAAAGAGCCUUCUCGAGAAACCGAGGCUUGCUGA